CGCCGCGGUUUGUCACUCUGUGGCAGCAUUUUUUCUCGCUAUGGCAAACUGGCGGCCCCAUACAUAAGGACUACCUCCUUCCCCGCUGUUCAGUGCGUCCCCAUCCAAGUGUCAUUGUCAAAGUAGAACGGUGUUGACUAGACCCCCAGCCAAAAUGACCGUCAAACAGGUUCAAGCCAGCACACUCGUGUUGCCCAUUAUCGACCUGAGGGCUUUCUUAUCCGACCCCGAGUCCGCGGAGGCCAAAGCAGAAUGCGAGAAGGCCGCCGAAGCACUGACAAAGUACUCGGCGCUAGCCGUCCGCGACCCUCGCGUCUCCGAAGACGAAAACCGGAAGUUCCUCGACACCAUGGAAGACUACUUUGCUCAACCAUACGACGCAAAGCUGCCUGACGCUCGCCCCGAUUUUGGCUACCAAGUCGGUGUGACGCCCGAGAACACCGAGAAGCCGAGGUGUGGUCGUGAUGAGUCGUGUAAUGCGAUGGUGGCGCAGAUGGCGGAGGAGAACAAGCCGCUACCGUACGAUGGAACGGACCCCAAAUGGCGAUUUUUCUGGAGGAUUGGCGAGGCUCCCAAGGAGACCCAGUUCCAACGUCUGAACGCCAGCCCUGUGAUGCCUGCUGCCUUCCCGCAAUGGGAGACCGUCAUGAACACCUGGGGAUACCUUAUGCACGACGCCGUCAGUGUCCUGGCCGAGAUGCUUGCGAUCGGAUUUGGGCUUCCACGGAAGACAUUCGUGGACAUGGCAAAGUAUGGGCCGCAUCUCCUGGCUCCUACUGGAAGCGACUUGGAGAAAUACGGCAAGGUCGGAACAGUAUUGGCUGGUUUCCACACGGAUCUCAACUUCCUCACCAUUCACGGCAAAUCCCGCUUCCCCGGUCUUCACGUGUGGACCCGUGAAGGCCAGAAGCUUCUUGCCAAAGUGCCGGAUGGCUGUCUCCUUGUGCAGGCAGGCAAGCAGAUGCAAUGGUUGACUGGUGGACACGUGACGGCCGGCUUCCACGAAGUCUGCGUUGUUGAGGAUACACUUAAGUCGAUUGAGCGCCAAAAAGCACAAAACCGCCCACUCUGGCGUAUCUCCUCGACGCUAUUCUACCACAUUGCAUCCGACAAUGUCCUGCGACCUCUCGGUGGCUUUGCGACCCCACAGGCGUUGAAACAGUAUCCCGACAUUUUGGCGGGCAAGCAGGUGCAAGCCGAGCUGGGAUUCAUUAGCUUGAUGGAUGAGAAGACGGUAUAGAAGUUUGCACCGCAGCGGCGUGCUUUGAGAGACGCCGUUUUUCUGGGACCGUGGAAGGCUCGAGUAUAUAGAAACUUGCAUUGUUUGUCUUAGCAUAGUUUGGCUUCGUAAUUCGAGAGCGUAGGUAGUACGAAGUUCCACAAUUUAUCGUAGGUUCGCUGUUUCCGCACAUACUGUAUGAUGGUGUUUCGCCAAUGCGGCCCAUGCUGCAUACGUGCCAAACCGUUCGGACCUCCUUGA